GCCCGGGCGGGGGGGUGAGCGGCGGCCCAGCGGCGGCUGAGAGCCCAGCGCGGCCCGGCCCGGCCCUGACGAGUGCCGGCGGCGGCAUCUCCUUCCUCUCGGCGUUCCCUCCUCCCGCCCCCCGCCCCAUGCCCCGGGCGCCGUAGCCGGCGGGGAGCGGCCAGACGGGCGGCCCCGAUGCGGAGGAGCCGCCGGCGGGCGCCAUGCAGCCGCCGCCGCAGCCCUACGAGUUCUUUGGCGAGGAGAACGGCCCGAAAUGGCGGGGGCUCUUCGUGCCCGCCCUGCGCAAGGUUCAGCAACAGGUUCACCCAAACCUUUCAGCAAAAGAAGAUUCUCUCUAUUACAUUGAAGAGUUAAUACUGCAGCUGCUAAACAAACUAUGCAUUGCUCAGCCACGGACUGUCCAAGAUGUAGAGGAGCGUGUUCAAAAGACAUUUCCUCAUCCAAUAGACAAGUGGGCGAUUGCCGACGCGCAGUCUGCUAUAGAGAAACGAAAGAGAAGAAACCCUCUCCUGCUACCAGUGGACAAAAUACAUCCUUUAUUAAAGGAGGUCCUGGGUUAUAAGGUAGAUUACCACGUCUCUCUCUAUAUUGUGGCUGUCUUAGAAUACAUCUCGGCUGAUAUUUUAAAGCUGGCUGGAAACUAUGUUUUCAAUAUACGACACUUUGAGAUCUCCCAGCAGGACAUUAAAGUAUCAAUGUGUGCUGAUAAGGUUUUGAUGGAUAUGUUUGAUCAAGAUGACAUUGGUUUGGUUUCUCUCUGUGAAGAUGAGCCUUCUUCUUCUGGGGAACUCAACUACUAUGACCUAGUGAGAAAUGAAAUUGCAGAGGAAAGGCAAUAUCUGCGGGAGCUGAAUCUGAUCAUCAAAGUGUUUCGGGAAGCUUUCCUGUCAAACAGAAAACUGUUCACACCUACUGAUAUCGAUGUGAUAUUUAGCAACAUUUCAGACAUCCAUGAGUUGACAGUGAAGCUUUUAGGAUUGAUUGAGGAUACUGUUGAGAUGACUGAUGAAAGUAGUCCUCACCCUCUGGCUGGCAGCUGCUUUGAGGAUCUUGCAGAGGAACAAGCCUUUGAUCCAUAUGAAACGUUGUCCCAGGAUAUUCUAUCUCCACAAUUUAAUGAGCAUUUUAAUAACUUAAUGGCAAAACCUGCUGUUGCUCUCCACUUCCAGUCUACUGCUGAGGGCUUUAAAGAAGCAGUACGAUAUGUCCUCCCACGUCUCAUGCUUAUCCCAGUCUAUCAUUGUUUGCACUACUUUGAGUUACUACAGCAACUGCAGGAGUGCAGUGAAGACGAAGAGGAUCGGGAGUGCUUGAAACAAGCCAUUACAGCUCUUCUGAACCUUCAGUGCAGCAUGGAGCGCAUUUACAGCAAACACUCCCCAAGACGGCGGCCUGGGGAUCCAGUGUGUCGCUUCUAUAACAGGCAAAUAAGAAGCAAGCACUUGGCCAUCAAGAAAAUGAAUGAAAUCCAGAAAAAUAUCGAUGGCUGGGAAGGCAAAGAUAUUGGGCAGUGCUGUAACGAGUUCAUAAUGGAAGGUGGCUUGACAAAGAUAGGGGCCAAACAUGAACGCCACAUCUUUCUCUUCGAUGGUUUAAUGAUCAGCUGUAAAACUAACCACGGUCAGUCCCGGCUUCCCGGUUACAGCAGCGCCGAGUAUAGACUGAAGGAGAAAAUUGUCAUGAGGAAAAUACAGAUCAUAGACAAAGAUGACACGUCUGAAUAUAAACAUGCUUUUGAACUGGUGUCUAAAGAUGACAACAGCAUCCUGUUUGCUGCCAAGUCUGCUGAGGAGAAGGGUAAUUGGAUGGCCGCUCUGAUUUCGCUCCAGUAUCGCAGUACUCUGGAUAGGAUGCUGGAUUCAGUGUUGCUGCAAGAGGAAAAUGAACAGCCGCUGAGGCUGCCCAGCCCAAACGUGUAUCGUUUUGUAGUGGAAGACUCUGAAGAUAACAUUGUGUUUGAAGACAACUUGCAAAGCAGGAAUGGCAUUCCUAUCAUCAAAGGAGGGACCGUUGUGAAGCUGAUCGAAAGGCUGACCUACCAUAUGUAUGCAGAUCCUAAUUUUGUACGUACUUUCCUUACCACAUACCGCUCCUUCUGCAAGCCCCAGGAGCUGCUGAGUUUACUGAUUGAAAGGUUUGAAAUCCCAGAGCCUGAGCCUACAGAAGCAGACAGGCUGGCCAUCGAGAAAGGGGAGCAGCCCAUCGGCGCGGACCUGAAGCGAUUUCGCAAGGAAUAUGUCCAACCAGUGCAACUCAGGAUAUUGAAUGUUUUUCGUCACUGGGUAGAGCACCAUUUUUAUGAUUUUGAAAGAGAUCUGGAGUUACUAGAGAGACUGGAGACAUUUAUCUCCAGUGUAAGAGGAAAAUCCAUGAAGAAGUGGGUGGAAUCGAUUGCUAAAAUCAUCAAGAGAAAGAAAGCUGCAGCAAAUGGAGUCAGUCACAACAUCACCUUUGAGAGCCCUCCUCCGCCCAUCGAGUGGCACAUCUGGCGCGUGGGGCACAGCGAGGCGCUGGACCUCAUGACUCUGCACCCCAUCGAGAUCGCUCGGCAGCUCACGCUCCUCGAGUCCGACCUCUACAGGGCCGUGCAGCCUUCUGAACUCGUUGGCAGUGUGUGGACUAAAGACGAUAAGGAAAUUAACUCCCCAAACCUACUGAAAAUGAUUCGUCAUACGACAAAUCUUACUCUGUGGUUUGAAAAGUGCAUCGUGGAAACAGAGAACUUUGAAGAGAGAGUGGCUGUGCUGAGCAGGAUCAUAGAGAUCCUGCAGGUGUUUCAAGAUCUGAAUAACUUCAAUGGUGUUUUAGAGAUUGUCAGUGCAAUGAAUUCUGUGUCAGUGUACAGACUAGAUCACACAUUUGAGGCACUACAGGAAAGGAAAAAAAAAGUUUUGGAUGAAGCAGUAGAAUUAAGUCAAGAUCAUUUUAAAAAGUAUCUAGCAAAGCUGAAGUCCAUCAAUCCACCCUGUGUGCCUUUCUUUGGAAUAUACCUAACAAAUAUUUUGAAGACAGAAGAAGGGAAUCCUGACUUCCUUAAAAGACAAGGGAAAGAAUUAAUUAACUUCAGUAAGAGAAGAAAAGUGGCUGAAAUUACAGGAGAGAUUCAGCAGUAUCAAAACCAGCCUUACUGUUUACGGGUAGAGCCAGAAAUUCGGAAAUUCUUUGAAAACCUCAAUCCUAUGGGGAAGAUACCAGAAAAAGAGUUUACAGAUUACCUGUUCAACAAGUCGUUAGAAAUCGAGCCGCGAAACUGCAAGCAACCACCUCGCUUUCCUAGAAAAACAACGUACCCCCUGAAAUCUCCCGGGAUCAGGCCCAAUACGGGCAGGCAUGGCUCCACCUCUGGCACCUUGAGAAGUCAUCCCUUGCCUCUGGAAAAGGAACCCAGCAAGAUAAGUUUCAGCAGAAUCACUGAGGCGGAGCAUGAAACGGCAGCGUCGGCACCGACGUCUCCCAACACACCGUCUACACCGCCAGUGUCUGCCUCUUCAGACUUCAGCGUGUUCCUGGACCUCGAUCUCAACAGUUCUUAUGGUAACAACAGCAUCUUCGCUCCUGUCAGUUUGCCACAGUCGAAGACUUUCUUCAGCUCGUGGGGUAGCUUUCCUAAACUAAGUGACGAGCCUCAAAACCCACCUCCACUUCCUCCACGAAAAAAGAUGGAUCAGGAUGCUUCCAAUGCAAAGGGAAGUUUAAAGCCGGAUGACGAUCCCCCAGCAAUCCCACCUCGGCAGCCUCCACCUCCAAAGAUCCAGCCUCGUGCUCCUGCUCACACCGGCACCUUUGACCAGCCGCUGCACAGCCCCCCUCCUCCACCCCCCCGGGACCCUCUACCUGACACCCCACCGCCAGUUCCUCUCCGCCCGCCCGAACACUUCAUCAACUACCCCCUGAACCUGCAGCCGCCGCCGGUGGGACGCCUGCACAGGGACCCAGACUGGCUGCGGGAGGCCAGCACGGGCCCCAGCUCUCCGGGCACCCCUCCCAGCACACCCUCCCCCAGGCUGCUGCGCCGCUGCUGCGUCCUCAGCGCCAGCCACAACAACCUGGCCCACCCGCCCGCGCCCCCCGUCCCCCCCCGGCACAAUUCCAGCCCUCAGUUACCAAAACUGCCACCAAAGACUUACAAACGGGAGCUCUCCCACCCUCCUUUGCACAGACUGUCUUUGCUAGAAAACGCAGAAACUCCUCAAUGACUGUAGCCGCUGUAGUCAUUGACACUGGAAUAGUAUUUGUAAAGUUCCUUUUGUUUUGUUUGUUUGUUUUAUUUAUUCAGAAAAACAAAGGCAGUGUCUUUUAGUACUUUCACAAAUGACGCUCUUAAAGUGCUGCUGGUCAACAACAACACACCCAACUAAGUUUAAAUGGGGGGGGGGGGAAACAAGACCACACUCAGACAGACAGACACACACACAGACAGACAGACACACACACACACAGAGUCACACACACUCCAGCCCGACAGCAUUACCCUCAGGUGACCAGCAGCACGGCCUUGUUUCACACCCACAGUGCCCACGGUUAUGCCAGUAUACAAACCAGGCCUUUUGCACUGCAAACUACACUAAAGGAGUUUAAACUGACAUCAGUUCAUUGCACUGAGCCAAAAAAACACAAAAGGUGUGUCUGUGGAGUUGUUGUUUGUUUGUCAGAUUUGAGCACUAGUGGCCUUUGGGGUUUUUAAAAAAGACAACCAGGAAAACAAGGAGCAAUGGGCUGCCUUCACCCGUUGUCACUUGCCUUCUGACGGUGUAAGCUCGGAGGCUCGUGGGUGAGAGCUGCUCUCCUCAAGUAUUGUCAUGCUGUGUCUUAAUUGCCAUUGAUUUGUUGCUGAGAAGGAGAAACGAAUCUAAAGUAUCAGGUGGAAAUCUAAAUACCAAAAUCAUUCUGUUGGCCUUGGUUAUUUGCAGAAAGGGUGAGCGGGGACGGAGCGUCUCGGAUGCGGGAAAGGAUCCCCACUGCUCAGCAUGCAUCCUGUUCAGAUGUGCCUUUUUGUUUCGGUAGGAGAAGAGAGGUCUUAAGCUAAAGAGUUGUAUGCUGUCCUGCAGAACAAAGCUCCCUGCCGUGUAUGUACAAUUGUUUAUAUUGUAUAUUUACAGAUCGUGCUAAUAACCUGUAUAAAUGUAAGUGACUUGAGGCCUAUAAUACAGUCUGCUACUCUUGCAACCUCCUAGGGUCAGAAGCGUUUCCUCUGGCUUAGGGACAGUCUCGCCUUCCAAACCUAAUACCUUUCUCUAGAUCUCACUUCACUCGAUCGUGAGCCCGUUUUGGACAUUGGUAGCAUUUAAACCAGCAAACACUUAAAGCUUUAUUAAACUUUUUAAACUGAUAA